GUCAAUGGUGUUUGAAGUUUUUGCAAAAUAAAGUUUGUGUGAAACGUAAAUAUUUAUUGAAUUUAUUAACUUUUGCUUAGUGAAUUCACUUUUUGUUGUUCUUAAAGUGUUGUAAAAUAAAGACAUUAGCUUGUGACGAGUAUUAGUAACAGUUUCGCUAAUUUAUCAGUGAAUAAAUUUGAAUAACUAUAACGAAUUAAAGUGUAAAGUGUGACAAGCUGGACAAACUUUCUCGCGUUUAUCAACUAGCGGCGAUAGUGAGAUUAGUUACAAUGACCAUUUCUCAAGUUUGCUGCGUCUAAAACCAACAAAAUGACUACAGAUAGGUUCCACAAGGCGGCGAAGGACGGACUGCUCGAGGUGUUACGGGAGGCGACGCGCAAGGAAUGCAACAACAAGGACGAGUCCGGCAUGACGCCGACGCUGUGGGCCGCCUUCGAGGGACACAUUGAUGCCCUACGGCUGUUGUGUGGGAGAGGUGGCGAGCCCGACAAGGCGGACUACUUCGGCAACACAGCGCUGCACCUCGCGGCGGCGCGCGGGCACAAGGAGUGCGUGACCUUCCUCGUCAACUUCGGAGCCAAUCUGUUCGCGAUGGACGUGGACGGCCACACCGCGCAGGAGCUGGCCGGCAUCAACGGCAGAGAGGAUAUACUGAGGUUCCUCGACCAGGCCGCGGGCAAGAUGGAGAAUAGUGAUAAAAAAAAAGCGAAAUCCCUCAAAGAGAAAGCGAAGAAGGACCACGAGAAACUGCAGAAGCAGUACAUGAAGCGGCAGAGCAAGGCCGAGGUGCUAGCGGGAAAGGAGCUGAAGAAGUUGGCCAAAGAGUGGGACAACGGGUACGGGGAGGAGGUCACCCCCAUGCCGCAUCGACCCAGCAACGUGCUGAUGGCGAUUAAACAGAAGAUGAUACGGUCUUCUAGCUCAGGUAACCUGCUGGACGAGCCGCGGCCGACGUACUCGGCGCUGGUGGGCACGGUGAGCUCGGGCGCGCGCGGCCGCGGCGCCGUCUACAAGAAGGCGCUAGCCACCAAGAUGAGAAACGGUACGCUCACUCGCAAUGCCGGGGAUGACUUUAAGGUUGGGGAAGUCGAAACGACAGGUCGACGCUCUGUGACGUCGUUGAGUGGGCUACGGAGAGAUUCAGAGGUGAUGUACGUGGGUACGUUCGGUGCGGGUCCGGGCGCGCGCGGCGCCGUGGCGGACGUGUUCACGGACGCGCCGCAGAAACCGCAGCGGACGAGUACGCUCACCAGAUCGGCCAGCCAGCCGGACUUCCUGGCGGCGCAGAACGAGGACAGCGGUCUGGGGCAGGAGGUGCUGCUGCAGGAGCCCGCCAGCAUAUUCGACCGCCCCGGCUUCGGCAGCGUCGCCUUCAGACGAUCAAUCACAGCGACGCUAAGCGCUCUGCCGGCCAACGAGGAUAUGUCUAUCGGGUCUGCGGGGUCGCUCGCGCACCGACACUACCAGCCUGCCGACUGGCAAGACAACUCCGGGAGCUCAACAAUAACAUCUGACGAGGAAGGCGAAACGGAGGAAUCGGCGUACGCCUCCCUAGAACGGUUCCUCACUGCGUGGGGGCUCUCGCAGUAUAUCCAGAAGUUCAAAGAGGAGCAGAUUGACCUUGACGCCCUUAUGCUGCUCACAGAGAGCGACCUCAAGUCCCUAGGGCUCCCUCUAGGGCCGUACAGGAAGCUGGUGACAGCGGUGCAGGAGAGAAAGCAGGCCCUUUCGCACCCCGGCCCUAUGAUAGAUACAGCCAUAUAAGUAUUUGAACAAUCAUUGCAUAGAACGCCGGUCAUAUUAUAUGCCUGACAAGAUAAAUUUCGCCAUUCAAGUUCUAACACUGCGUAAGUCACUUUUUGGCUAUUUUGAAAUUUUGAUGCCAUUAGCUAGAAAAUAGAUAGAAGCAUCGUAUCAGCCAAUCAGAAACACGUAUCGCAUAACAAAAACUCCUAAAAUAAUAAAAUGGGAAACCUGAUUUAGUAUGUAUCUACUUAUU